AUGGCGCCCUCCCCUACCACCCGCCCGACCCUCGCCCACGUUCCUCGCUCCACCCCAGCCCCAUCCUUCGCCUCCGCACGCUCCCCCCAAACCUCCACCAAGACCGCCCAACCGCUCGCCAACCGCCUCCUCUUCCCCUCUCUCCCACCAGGCACACCCCCGCCGCCCCUAUUCACCACCCCAUGCCCGCCCGAGCUCACCGCAGACGCGUACGACCUCAUCGCCCUCGCCCUGCGCGCCCACGUCGCCCCGUGGUGGUCCAAGAUUACCCGCUACGACAAGGAGUUCCUCCCCGCGAUCACCAGCACCCUCGCCGCCGUCCUCCAGGCCCUCCAGGCCCGCGUUCACGCCGCGGACGUCCCGCAGCUGCUGUACGCCACAGCGCCCGCUCUCCUCGCGCAGCACUGGCGCGACUGGCGCGAGGCCCAGGCGAAAGCCGGCACGGGGUACACGACGGGCGCGGUGGGCGGUGCCGCGCGCGCGCAGGUGUUCCAUGGGCUCCAGCCGCAUGUGGCGCUCGAUGCGCAGGGAAACGUCGAUGUGGAGUAUAUUCGACAGGCGGUCGAUGGUGUGCUCCGGCUGUGUCUUCCGCCGCAGGACUAUGCGCCCCCGGGCGAGCGGUACAUUGUGCGCGAGAUCGUCGUUAUGAUCGUGUUGCGUGUGCUCUUUCCCCGACUCACGGAGCCGUGGUUCAUCGAUCGCAUUCUUCUCAAUGUGCUCGGGCCGCCUCGGGAUAGUGUCGUGCAGAAGGCCACCGAUCCAUCACCGGCAUCAUCACCCUCGCCUUGGUCGUUUGCCAACCUCAUCGUCUUUGUUCUCUCUGCCGUUCAAGCUAUCUCGGCUGCCGGUCUGGCCAUUACAACUGCCUACAGACAGGCUAAACUCACCAUCUCUCGCGUCAACGGGCCCUCGCGAGCACCUUCCCCUGCCAAGCUCCAACGUUCCCGCUCUGCGCCUGCAACACCAACUCCACCAGGCUCAGUCGACUCGUCAUUCGAGCUUCCGCAUCCACCCCUUCCUCGAUCGCAGCCCCGUGGGCACGCUCGCCAGUGUCUGCGCGCCGCCGCCGAGAUCAUCAACGCGCGCACGCGGCUCACAGCAAGCCUGCUCAUCGCCCUAAUCGACGUGCCUUGCACACUAUUCGAGUCCUUCGCCGACAGGUUCCUAGCCUACAUGCUCACCGAACACGUCCUCUCCGCUCCCACCCUGCACACCAUCCUUCUCACGACCAAACGCACCGUCUUCCCGCCCGCGCCGGCGCAGCCCGAGCCCCCGCCGACGGCCGCCGAGCAGGCGCACGCGCACGCGCAGCUCGUCGCGCGCCUGGUUGAGGCGGUUCCGCGGCCGGCGUCGGCGCUGCUGUUUGGCGCGCGGCCGGGCGAGGGCGUCGAGGAAGCCCUAGAGGCGCUGAGCGACAGGGCGGCGAACGCGCACUUGCUGAUGAUGUUUCUGGAUGCGGUUUUGGUUGCGUUGUUUCCUGAGAUGGGCGGGGAGGUGGUUGGUGUAUCCGAUGCUGGUGCGGGUGAGACGUAUGCGGGUGCUAGGGAAGGGUCUGGGGGGAGCAGCGAGUCAGUUUCGUCUGGGUAAUGUUGUGUUAUAUGACGCGUGCUUUGAAUUUGUAUUACGACAAGUCGAAGGACUUCGAAUAGGUACGCGCCUUCGAGAAUUACAAAUUGCGCGGU